AUGGGCGGCGGCGAACGAGCUCCGCACGUGUGCGGCCACCACAGCUACCCGCAGCUGGCCCACCGGCCCGUUGGCCAGAAGAUCUCCAAGAUCUACCGCGAACGCAUCGGCCAGUUCUACUCCCAGGGACAAUGGGACAAGGUCAACCUGCUAUCCAUGAUGGAUGACGGCGUCGCCGCCGGCAAGCCACACGUCAAGCUCUCAAAGUGGUCCGUUCCGGGCCUCGACCGCCCCACCUUCGCCGAGGCCGUCAAGCAGAAGUUCGAGGAGGCGUCGGUGGGCGACUCGUUUGGCCCCUCGUGGUCCACCCACUGGUUCCGCGUCGAGAUCACCGUGCCCAAGGAGCUGCAGAAGAAGGAGCUCCUCGAGUUCCACUGGGACGGCAACAACGAAGGCCUCAUCUGGUCCGAGAACGGCGAGCCGCUGCAGGGCCUGACCGGCGGCGGAGAGCGCAUCGAGUGGAAGCUGCCGGCGAGCUUCCGCGACGGCAAGCCCCACAUUGUCUACGUCGAGAUGGCCUGCAACGGCAUGUUCGGCAACGGCAGCAACGGCGACAGCAUCCAGCCUCCCGACCCGAACCGCUUCUUCCAGCUGACCAAGGCCGACAUUGUCGCCGUCAACUACCCCGCGCGCCAGCUCUGGAUCGACGUCUGGAUCAUCGGCGACGCCGCCCGCGAGUUCCCCGAGGACUCGUGGGAGCAGCACAAGGCCCUCGACGUGGCCACCCGCAUAAUCGACACCUUUGAGCGCGGCAGCCAGGAGUCCAUCCUGCGUGCCCGCAAGAUCGCCGAGGAGUACAUUGGCGCCAAGGUCGACGACCCCUCCGUCUUCACCACCAAGCCCGGCAAGGAGCCCAUCGUCUUCGGCAUCGGCCACUGCCACAUCGACACCUGCUGGCUGUGGCCCUGGGCCGAGACCAAGCGCAAGGUCGCCCGCUCGUGGACCAACCAGUGCAACCUGAUGGACGAGUUCCCGGAGCUCAACUUUGCCUGCUCGCAGGCCCAGCAGUACAAGUGGCUCAAGCAGUUCUACCCCUCCGUCUUUGAGCGCGUCCGCGCCAAGGUCACGAGCGGCCAGUUCCACCCCAUCGGCGGCAGCUGGGUCGAGCACGACACCAACAUGCCCAGCGGCGAGGCCCUCGUGCGCCAGUUUGUCUACGGCCAGCGCUUCUUCGAGGGCCACUUUGGCGCGCGCUGCCAGACCUUCUGGCUGCCCGACACCUUUGGCUACUCCAGCCAGCUGCCCCAGCUGUGCCGCCUGUCCGGCAUGACGCGCUUCCUGACCCAGAAGCUGAGCUGGAACAACAUCAACAAGUUCCCGCACACCACCUUCAACUGGAUCGCCCUGGACGGCAGUCAGGUUCUGUGCCACAUGCCGCCGUCCGAGACGUACACCGCCGAGGCCCACUUUGGUGACGUCCGCCGCAGCGUCUCCCAGCACAAGUCCAUGGACCAGGACCACACGUCGCUGCUCGUCUUUGGCAAGGGCGACGGCGGCGGCGGCCCCACGUGGCAGCACGUCGAGAAGCUGCGCCGCUGCCGCGGCAUGGCCGACACCGUGGGCCUGCUGCCCCGCGUCCACCUGGGCAAGUCCGUCGACGACUUUUUUGACCACCUCGAGGCCAAGGCCGACAAGCUCGUCACCUGGUACGGCGAGCUGUACUUUGAGCUGCACCGCGGCACGUACACCACGCAGGCGAACAACAAGCGCAACAACCGCCGCGCCGAGUUCAUCCUGCGCGACAUUGAGUACCUGGCCACCCUGGCCUCGCUCCAGCCCGGCUCCGAGUACAAGUAUCCCAAGGCCGACAUCGACGACAUGUGGGAGGCCACGCUGCUCUGCCAGUUCCACGACUGUCUUCCCGGCAGCUCCAUCGAGAUGUGCUACGACGACUCGGACGAGCUCUACGCCAAGCUCUUUGACACCGCCGACCGUGUCCUCAAGGACAUCUACGACGUGCUGGGCUUCGCCCCCGUCGCGUUUGGCGCGGCCCAGGCGCAGGUGGAUGAUUCAACCUUGGCGGCCGUCAACACGCUGCCCUGGCCGCGCAAGGAGCUGGUCGCCAUCUCGGAGAACGAGUGUGCCGUCGCCGACGGCGCCGGCUCGCUGAUCCCGCUCCGCCCCCUCUCUUCGUACGCUGCGCCGAACAAGGCGCCCGUCACGGUCAGCGAGGUGUCCAAGGGCGUGUUCGUGAUGCAGAACGCCGACCUGCGCGUCACCAUCCAGAACGGCGUCAUCACGUCGCUGUACGAUUACCUCAACGAGCGCGAGGUCGUCUCUCCCGGCGAGAAGGCCAACCAGUUUGUCAUCUUCGACGACAAGCCGCUGUACUGGCAGGCCUGGGACGUCGAGGUGUACCACCUGGACACGCGCAAGGAGCUGGAGACGACGGCUGUGUACAUUGGCGAGGAGAAGGCGCACCGCGUCAGCAUCGUCACCGAGACGCGCAUCAGCGACAAGAGCAGCAUCCGCACGACCAUCAGCCUGGCGGCCGCCCUGCCCGGCCAGCCGUCGACGGUCGAGGUGACGAGCGACGUGGACUGGCACGAGACGAUGCAGUUCCUCAAGGUCGAGUUCCCCGUGACGGUGCGCAACACCGAGGCCACGUACGAGACGCAGUUCGGCCUGGUGCGCCGUCCGACGCACUACAACACGAGCUGGGACAUGGCCAAGUUCGAGGUGUGCUGCCACAAGUUUGCCGACCUGUCCGAGAACGGCUACGGUGUCUCGAUCCUCAACGAGAGCAAGUACGGCUUCGCGACGGUGGGCAACCUCAUGCGCCUGUCGCUGCUGCGGUCACCCAAGGCGCCCGACGCCCACGCCGACAUGGGCCGCCACCAGAUCCGCUGGGCCAUCAUGCCGCACAAGGGCGCGCUGGGCGCGGCGACGAUCCGCAAGGGCUACGAGUUCAACAACCCGCUCCAGUCGGUGGUCCGCGCGCCCAAGCAGCUGGGCCUGGGCCCCGCCGGACCGACGGCCGCCAAGACCAAGACCAACCCGCUGCGGCUCGUGGGCGACGCGUCGCUGGUGCUGGACACGGUCAAGCGUGCCGAGGACGACGCGGACGUGCGGUCGCAGACGGCCAAGGACGCCGACGGCCCGCACCUGCCGACGCCACGCAAGAGCCGCAGCGUGGUGCUGCGCAUCUACGAGAGCCUGGGCGGCCAGUCGCGCGGGUCCGUGGUGGUCAGCAAGGCGGCGUGGCCCGUAAAGGCCGUGUACAAGACCAACCUGCUCGAGGACGACCAGGAGACGGUUGCGCUCCGCACUGCCCUUGACGAGAACGCCGACGAGACGGCCACUUUCGACAUUGAGCUGCGGCCGUUUGAGGUGGCCACCUUCCGGGUGCAGCUGGCGUAA